GUAAAGGAAGUGAUGCGAUUGCCAACGCGAAAGUUGCACAAUUUUGACACCUGUUUGCGAUUUUACAGCGUAUAAAACGGAUUUUGAAGUUGCUCAGGUGCUUCCUAAGAGAUUCAGUGAUGAAGUACUUAUCAGAAACAUUAUGUGCGUGUGCGAUUCUUUUGAUAAUUCAGGGAUUAUCGCCUGCCAUUGCCAAAUCUACUUCAACUACUGCUGGACCGACUACAACGACUACUGCCCCACAAACUACAGUUGCACCCACCUCUAUUGCAAGUUCUAGUACGGCCGAGAAUCCCUCGACCACAACCACAACAGUUGGUCCUACGACUACCACCUCUAAUGAAACAACAACCACUCCAAGUGGAACAACCACCACCCCAAGUGGAACAACCACCACCCCAAGUGGAACAACCACCACCCCAAGUGGAACAACCACCACCCAAAAUGGAACAACCACCACCCAAAAUGGAACAACGCCUGCCUCUUCCACUUCAGCGCCCCCAAUAAACACAACGUCCACGUCGGUGAAGCCAGCAUCAUCAACAACGCCACCUGCCAAGGAGCCAUCUCAGAGAUUCGACGCAGCAUCCUUCAUCGGCGGUAUCAUCCUUUGUGGAGGAGUCAUCGCGAUUGUAUUUUUCGGUUGUAAAUUCUACAAGGCCCGCAGUGAGAGGAAUUACCAUACGUUAUAGUUAGAACAUUCGUAGCUAUUCCUUUCCUUAUUUGUGCCAAUCACCAAUUCAGCACCCCAUAGAUUUAUCUUUGAUUUUGAAGAGUCUGAUGCGUAUUUAAGGAGUAGUGUCUCAAAAUGAUGCCACCCCUGCAUAUGCUCAAGACACUUGAAAUCUCUUUGCAACAUUUCAAAUCUUAAAAAAAAACACAUGUUGCAUACUGCAUCCAAAGCCUGAGUAGAACUUCUCCAGACAAGGAGAGAUUCUCCUUUUACUGCAGCAGAAGCUGAUAAGCAGUUGCUUUCAGUUGUCCUUGUGUCACCAAAUUACAAAAUAUGCUGCUGCAAGAAGUCUUGUGAAGACGAGUAGCACACUGUUCACGAACAUUAUGUGUUUCUGUUUCAGCCAUAACUUGGCUAUCAUUUUCAUGAAACUUCAUCAGUAAAACGCCACAAUUUCUUUGUUUUUUGUCAAGAAAUACAUAAGAAAACAUCCUUUAGAAAUUGAAGUUGAUGCAGUCAGACAACAUAUCAUCAGCACGUGUCAACAUUUUUAUUGGAAAUAACAUUUUGAUGUAAAUGGCGAUAAUACGCAUGACGUGGUGAUGAUAUGUGGAAUUUCUUGGUCUGUUUUCAGGUUAUUCAAGUGUGUAAGAGAGAAGAAAUGGUAUUGAUUUUAUGCUGUUCUGUGUGUAACCAACUGAAACUCAAUAAAAAGAAAUAAUCUAGAAGCCAAACUGGAUACACUAACGGAACAAUCUGUAUAUUGUGCUUAGAUAAUUACAGCCAUGUUUAGAUAGUGGAUUAAAAAUUACUGUUGUAUUAUUAUGUUUCAAUAAAAGAACAAAAUGCUAGUUUGAUCCUCCGAUGUGCCCUUACAAUCAGAUAUGAAUCAUACUCAUGGUAUUGUUUUUAAUUGGGGUGCACUUGUUUUAACUUCCAUUAUCUUGGCAUUAGCUAUGCUCAAGCUCAUCAAUAUGAAGGGUUUGAAUCCAAACAGCUGAACAUCAAUGUUGGUGGUUGCAUUCAAAACUGUGAUCCCGGACCCUUCUCUGAAAUUAGUAUUUGUGAUCUGUGAAUAUACAAAGCUCAAAUGUUGCAAAUGGUAUUUUUUGUUUGUUUUGGGACCAAACUCUUCAAGUACAAGUUUAUUCUGCGGCUGUUUUUCAUGGCUCUUGUAUUCUUGUAAAUAAGAUCAUCUCGUGUUCUGAUCUUCAGGCGGCACUUUCAAAUGCAAGGCCAGAAGGUUUGAAGGGUGGAUCAGGGAACUAGACUACUGGGCUCAGUUGCUCAAUCUGUGUCAGAGACAAAUGCCAUUUUUCAACUAAGCGUUAUCUCAAGUAGCGUAUUCACAAUAGUAGCAGAAGGCUUCGAUGCCAAUGUUAGUACUUGCGCUGAUUGAACAACCACGCCCAGAACUGGUUCAUCUAUUUCACCGGAAAGAUUCUGGGACAGUUCUAAAAUGUUUGAUGUAAAUAAAUUCUAAAGAUGUGCCAGAAAAUGGUUUGUCCGAGCUACCCACAGAGAUAUGGCAAGUCCAGUGCACUCCACACUUUGUGGGUAGCUGGAAUGCCAAAUCUCGGGGUGAAAGAGGUGUUAUUUGAAGAGAUUGUUGUUGUAAAUAAAUGUUCAACACCCCUGUACAUCCAAGAUGAACUCUUCCAUCAAGUGCAUUGGGAAUAACCACUUUGGUAUGCAAGGGUGCCACGUUGGACAUGUUGGAACCAUGUCCGAGCUUGGCUGAUGUUUUUGUGAGUUUCUGAAAAUGAUUCAUUUGAAAAGGGAAUCACUGAAUCUGGGCUGUUAACAAACAGUACAUGUCGAUUCACUGGUGCUACUUCACGGAGCAGAUGGUGAGAACAACACAAUUGGCACAUAUGGCGUGAGAUUAAUAGGCCUAUGAUCAUGAAUCAUUAUCGAUCGGUGCUCAGUUCAAUCACAGUUGUCGUUAUUUACCAACGUCAUACUCAGUGACAAAGGAAUCCCUUGAAGUCAUUAGUGGCAAGGUCAACGUUUUUCACUGUUUGGUUCUCAGGUCAGCCCUGAUUUCAGUCUCCCCAUUCUGUCCAAUGUUGCAAUUGAGAACAGGAACUAAUGCAAUAAGGUGGUACUGCAUCAGUCAUUUUUGGCCGGCCAUCCAUGUCAUUACUGUCAACUCUCAACUUUGCAAGCCAAAUAUUUUCACAAGAGGGCAUGUAGAUGCAGAGAAGGCAGUAAAUACUGUGUCAAGGUAAUAAAGCCAGUGUUGAUCUGCAUCUAUUACAAGUAGGCCUCAUUAUAACAGGUAAAAUAGGCCUUUCGUGCAGGUGCCAUAGUUUGCAAUAUGAAUACUGUGUCCUCCUGGUAAGAUGUGUCUCCGGUCAACUGGACUGGCAUGACAGGCCCCCUUCACCAGCUUUAAACACAUCGACACAAUAUAUUGAUUUGAUUGUACGUGGUUUUGAAAUGUUGCCUCCAAGUUGUUUACUCUGUUAAGUGUUAUUAUCUUCAAGGUGUUCAGUUGUGGAUGAUUCAGACAUUGUGUUCAUUGGCAGUUGCAUGCUUCCAAAAAUGUCAUCAAGCUCGUUUUCUUGGGGGUCCAGUGAGAAUGGAAUAGCAUGAUCGUGUCAUCCCAUACUGAGGAGUAUUUGUACUCUAUAUCAAACUUUGAGCACAAAAAUGUGUACCGUAUUGCUGUGUAUGAAUCUGGCUUCUGCUUCAUUUUAGCGUUAAAAGAAAACUUGUGCUUGUCCUCCACAGAAGUGUGUCAUUUGUAAAGUAUGUUGUUGUUGGUUGUGUAAGAAUCAUGCUUAUUCUACGUAUACAAAUGUGGCUAUUUUAUAGAUUGUAUAUACAAUUUCCACAGCGUUGUUCAGUGGAUGCGAACUUUUAAAAUACCAUAUAUCUCUCGCUAAUUUUAAGAUCAUCAAGUGUUGAAAGUGUUGCCAUGGUUAUUCUCACUACAAAGACAUAGGAACGUUUUCAGAUUUCGGCACGGUGAGGUAACUUAACUUUGUGUCAUUCCUUUAGUGCAUUUGUUUAUAUUCUUAUAAUGGGAAGAGUUUUGAAAACAUUCCAACUAAACAUCGUCUCAUGCCUCCCUCUUAAUACCAACACAAAUUCCUUGAAAAACUUGCAUACAGUGAUGACCAUUAACUAUAUAUAUCACAGAUGUUGAAAUGACUGAGUGUGAAAAAUUAUUCAUCUUUGAUAGUAGCCUUUAUUGCCAGUGUAUAUAUGCCUCUAGUCAGCUUCGUGCCUGUGAAAUACAUGCUUUGAUUGUUUUAGUGGAAAAGAAUGUUUCAGAAGGAUUGCUGUGCAGUAUUAUGUUUGUGCAAGAUUAGUUAAACUUCCCAUGGAAAGUCUAUCUUUUUCCUCCCAUUUUCUGUCACCUACUUCAACAUUCUAAUAAUUAUCCAAUUAUUUCUGUUUGAUAACAGGAAUCUUUCAGUUGUGAACGACUUUUAGUCUCGGCCAUCACACAUUGAUAAUUUUGGUGCCAAAACUUUCAAUGAGGGUAUAAUACCUCUCUUGAAAUGUUGUUUGUUUAUGGAUACUAGUGAAUAGAUUGCACAUGUGUAUGAAAUGAGAUUGUCCAAUUUCCAUCAGGUGCUUUGAACACUUCAGCAAAAUUUCAUCCCAAAUUAGGAUAUUUUUCAUCAGAAAUUAUUCUUAGAUUGUGUAUUAUUUUCAAAUACAUUAGUGUUGUUUGUAACUCCAGAAAAACUUGCAACGUUUAGUCAAAUUUAAAGGAGGAAUAGUGUUUGCCUGGCUCACACUGAAUUGAGUUACCUGGCUGCCAUGCAUUUGUGUCACCAUUACUGGGCUGAAUGAAUGACUUUAUACUGAUCUCAAAACCUGGUGGGUCCAGUUGGUUCGGUUGAGGAUCAUUUGCACAUUUAAUCACUCAACAUGAAAGAAUGAAAAUUGGGAGUUGAGUAUGAAUUUUCAGUCUGGACAAUUUUUCUCACCACAUGUCAAGUUACCAAAUGACCUUGCUGUUCUCACAUUCAAAGUUCCAAUAUACACAGCCAAUGGUCACAAAAGAUCUUUGGUGAAAUGUGACUAAUCCUAUUUGAGUGAAUGUUAAUGUCAUUGUAUGCAGAUCUCUAGGAAACUUGUGUAAGCUGUACAGAUUAGGAGGCACCAACCAACCAUGAAUAUGAACCAAGUUUGUUCUGCAUCAUGUCACUUGACACAUGUCACUCUUAUGAUCAUGUCACUUGACAAUGAACUGAGAAAGUAUUUACAGACGUAAAGACCUGAGCAAAUCCACACACUGAAAAUCCAUGCUGAGCUGCAAUACACUGAGAACCAAACAAGUUGAAUAGACGUUGCAAGUUUUUCUUGCUCACAUUGCAGUGUAAAUAAGAUGUGAUUGAAGAAUAUAGGUAUAAUCAGGAAUUGAUUCUUGGUAUUAUUGAUUUGAUUUUGUAUAGUAUCCAGAGGUGUGUUGGAUGAGUCAAGUGAUGUUGAAUAUAGGAUAUGAUUAUAAAUAUGACUACUGUAUCUAGCAGAUUUUCUGAGCUGACAAGGUUACGGGAAAUAAAGGGUUUAGAUUGUUA